GCGGGAGAAGUCGGCUAUGGCAGCCGCGAGGGUCUCGCCAGACAUAUGCCUGCGAGAAGCCACCCAGCGAAAGUUGCGGAUGUUUUCAGAGCUGAGAGGCAAACCUGUAGCAGCUGGAGAAUUCUGGGACAUUGUUGCAAUAACAGCUGCUGAUAAACAACAGGAACUUGCUUAUAAGCAACAGCUGUCAGAAAAGCUGAAAAGAAAAGAGUUACCCCUUGGAGUUCAGUAUCAUGUUUUUGUUGAUCCUGUUGGAGCCAAAAUUGGAAAUGGAGGAUCAACACUUUGUACUCUUCAGUGUUUGGAAAAGCUAUAUGGAGAUAAAUGGAGUUCCUUUACCAUCCUAUUAAUUCACUCUGGUGGCUACAGUCAGCGCCUUCCUAAUGCAAGUGCUCUGGGGAAAAUUUUCACUGCUUUACCUCUUGGUAACCCCAUUUAUCAGAUGUUAGAAUUAAAAUUAGCCAUGUACAUUGAUUUUCCCUCACAUAUGAAUCCUGGGAUUCUGGUUACCUGUGCAGAUGAUAUUGAACUUUAUAGUCUUGGAGAAUCUGAGUUUAUUAGGUUUGACAAGCCUGGCUUUACUGCUUUAGCUCAUCCAUCUAGUUUGACUGUAGGUACCACCCAUGGAGUAUUUGUCUUAGAACAUUUUGAUCACUCAGAACAUAGAGACCUUGAGUACAGGUGUUGCUAUCGUUUCCUUCAUAAGCCCAGUAUAGAAAUGAUGCACCAAUGUGAUGCUGUGUUUAGAGCCGGAAAUUUUUCUCAACAGGACUUUGCUGGGGAUAACACACCUUCUCUUAAAUUAAACACUGAGUAUGUCUACACUGACAGCCUAUUUUACAUGGAUCAUAAAUCAGCAAAAAAGUUACUUGCUUUUUAUGAAAAAAUAGGCACGCUGAACUGUGAAAUAGAUGCAUAUGGAGAUUUUCUGCAGGCUUUGGGACCUGGAGCAACCAUGGAGUACACCAGAAACACAUCAAAUGUCACUAAGGAAGAGUCAGAGUUGAUAGAUAUGAGGCAGAGAAUAUUUCAUCUUCUCAAAGGAACAUCGUUAAAUGUUGUUGUUCUUAAUAACUCCAGAUUUUAUCACAUUGGAACAACUGAAGAGUAUUUAUUUCAUUUGACAUCAGAGAGCAGUUUGAAGUCAGAGCUUGGCUUACAGUUCAUGGCUUCUAGCAUCUUUCCAGCAAUACCAGAAUGCUUUGGUAGAACUUUCUGUGUCAUUCAGAGUAUACUGGAUUCAGGAUGUUCUGUGGCACCUGGCUCAGUUGUGGAGUAUUCCAGAUUGGGACCUGAUGUUUCGGUUGGGGAAAACUGCAUUAUCAGUGGUUCUUGUAUCAUAACAAAAGCUGUCCUGCCUGCAUAUUCUUUUGUGUGCUCUUUAAGUUUAAAGAUGAAUGGAUACAUAAAACAUUCAACUAUGGCAUUUGGAGUACAAGACAACUUAAAGAAGAAUGUUAAAACAUUGUCAGAUAUAAAGUUACUUCAGUUCUUUGGAGUCUCUUUCCUGUCAUGCUUAAAUAUUUGGAAUCUCAAAGUCACAGAGGAACUGUUCUCUGGAAACACGACAAGUUUAAGUUUGUGGACUGCUCGCAUUUUCCCAGUCUGUUCUUCUUUGAGUGAUUCAGUUACAACAUCCUUAAAGAUGUUAAGUGCUGUAAAGAAUAAGUCAGCAUUUAACCUCAAUAGCUAUCAACUGUUGUCCAUUGAAGAAAUGCUUGGCUACAAAGAUGUAGAAGACAUGAUAGCUUAUAGGGAGCAAAUUUUUCAAGAAAUUAGUUUAAAGGAAAAGCAAUCUGAUUUAGAGACAUUUUAAAUGUUAUAUACUUUACCUUUCAUUGAGCAAGACAGCAAAUACAGGAGUUUUCUGUAGACUUUUUUUUAAUUUGUUUCACUGAAGUGAACUAAUGAAAUUUAUUUUAACACCAUUACUGUAGCAUAACAUUAAUAAAGCACAAAUAUUGAUAAGCCAUUUUUGAUGCGUUAAUAUUUCAAGGCAGUAAAUUCAAAAGGUGUGCUUUUUUUUUCUUUUGAGUAUGUAUCACUACUUUAAUUUUUCCUUUUAAAAUGAGUGGAUUUGUGGAGCAUUAUUUGGUUCAUGUAAUACCAUAAUAGUUUUAAUUAUUGGUAAUUUUCACCACAAAUUUAGUCCUGUUUAGAUGAACUAAUAAAAAUGGUAUGCUAUAGGGUCUUCAGAAACAAAUCCAUAGCUGACAAAUUCAGACUAAGUCAAUGCUUAACAAACUGUGAUUAUUUUAAUAGAUAACUAGAUACAAGCAGUUUUGAAUUUAGUGUUAAAUUUUGUAUCUCUUAUUUAUUCAUCUUAUCAAAAUGAAAAGAAUGUAUAUGUUAUUUUAUGCUUAUGAACUUGAAGAUGUGCUUAUAUAUCUUACCUAUUUUCUUUAAAAUUUUCUUUGAAGUUCUAUUCCAAUGCAUACAUAUACACAGUUAUUUCUGUGAGGAAAAUGAUAGGAAUAAUUUGAGAGUUACUGAUAAUCAUAUAACUUCAUUUUGGCCAUUACUCUCAUUCUCUCCUAUUGACCCCUUUAACAGAACUGUUAAAUUGCCAGAUGGACCGAUUUUACUUUUCAUCUUUAUUUUUUGUCCACAGUGGUAAUGAUGCUGAGGAGCAAUAAUUGUCUAAAAGUUAGACAGCAGGAGGGAGACAGUAGAAUAGAAAGACUUAGAAAUGUGCAGUUGAUGAACAUUGGAAAAUAAAAAUUGGCUAGAACUUCAAGUUAUGUGUUCCUGUUUUGGUAUAAGCACAUAUGUAAAAUGUCUUCAUAACAAAGUCUAAUAAUUAUCUAGAGAUAAGAUUUGUCAGUGUUUUGUGUUUUAAAUUAACAUGGGUAAGUUGAAAUAAGAACUAGUUCUUAUUGCAUAUGUAAAUAUUUACAUAUUACCUUGUCAAUAUGAGAAUAAUUGUUUGGUAAACCAAAAGUGACUUGUCUUUGGCCCUCAAUUAUGUUAUUUAUAUGAGUUUUUUUUUAUCCUCAUUAUUCUGGAUUUUUCUUAAAAGUAAAAAUAUAUGGUAGUUAUUGUUUAACAUUUAUGGAUCAUCAAUUUGCAGAGUUUUCAGGGGAUGUCAUGUGUUUGUCAUUCAUUAAAUGUCCAGUACUGUAUUUUACCUAAUUUAAAGUGCCGUCAAUGACAUGAUUCACCCUUAAGAAAGAGAAAACACUGCCAAUAAAAUACGACAUAAUGCUUUCUUUGUUACUUGGAAUUUUUAUUUUAUAUUUAUUGAAGAUCUCUUUUACAUAUAUCUAGAUAUAGAUUCUUGUCAUUAUCACUGUGGCAUACACAUAUAAUGAAACAAAAAAUGAAAUACUAAAGUAUAGUCAAGACAUUUCUAAACUUCACAUUCAGAGUCAAACUUUUGAAUACUCAAAGUUGUUGAUACCCAUGUGUUUCCACCCAGUGACACCUUCUAUGCUCCAAAUAUAUUGGUAAGGCUGCAUUUCCUAAGAGUGACCCACCAGACUACUAUCUAGAUUUUCCUCCAAGCUACAGAUACCUGUUCUGCACAUUCUGAUUCUGAUGCUUCACUCUUUAACAAAACCCAGUUUCAUUAUUUGACUCAGUUUAAUCAUGUGUCCCUAAAAGGUAGGUGGCUUCUAUUCAAAGUCAGCAGGAAGUUUCUGAAAAAUUAAUACUCAAGUGUUUUUUAAUCAUAACCCUGCACAGUGCAAGAAUUCUGGUUGCUUUGAAAUGUUAUCUGUUACUAAGGAUUGGGCAGUGUCUCUUACCUUGAGUUGCAUUGCUUGGUGUCUAGUAUGAUAUAUGCACCACCAACAGCGCACCUAACUCAAUUGAGGUGACAAUAAUAUGCAUGGCUAUGAACAAGUUCACAUAUGAGCAGACAAUAACAACUCCAUGACUAUUGCUUCCUGGCUAAUAGUUAUCAUAAAAUACUGUCAACUGUAAGACACAUUCUCUUCUCAGAGAUACUAAAAUGUGGAGGGAAAAAAAAAAGGGUGAAUUAGAGCAAAUAAUUUCUAACCUAGCUAUGAUUUAGAAUCAACUUGAUGGGAACAGGUACAGGAUAGGUGUAUCUUAUUAAGAAGUUCUGAGGCAUGGUCAACAUGGUGGAGUACUUUGACACUUCCUAUAUCCCUUUUACAACAAAGACAUGGAAAAG